UAGCAGGUUUCAGUGUAAAACUAGAGUGUUGAAUGAAUUAAUUGGUUUCAAUGUACGAAGUGGCAGAGUUCAUCACUGCACACUGAAAACCUCUCCGUAGAGAAUUUCUGAAGCUUUUUCCAAAAAUGGCGUUUUCCUGUAAAACACCAAAAUGCACUCUCCUCUUCCUCUUCACUCUCUCUCUCCUCGCCCUCUACACCCUCCACCACCACCCUCUUCUCCCCUCCCCCUCCUCUCUCACCGCCGCCAACGUAUUCCUCUCCUCUGCCAGCAACUACACCGUCUCCGCCUACCUCCGCCACCUGACCCUCCGCCCCCACCUCGCCGGCACCCCUCUCUCCCUCUCCACCGCCCUCUACGUCCACUCCCACUUCCAAUCCCUCGGCCUCACCGCCCACACCACAAACUUCUCCGCCCUCCUCUCCUAUCCUGCGCACUCCUCUCUCUCGGCGCACUUUAGCAACGGCACCGUCCUGCCCGUCCCCCUCCCAGAGCCCGGCGUCUCUGGAAGCGGCGUCGUCCCGCCCUACCACGCCUACUCCCCCUCCGGCGCGGCGUACGGCCCGGCUGUAUUCCUCAACUACGGGAGGAACCUCGACUACCGUGCACUGGCGGCGCAGGGCGUGGAGGUGAAGGGGUGCGUGGGGCUCGUGCGGCGGGGAUGCGGGGUGUCGAGGCACGAGGCGGCGGCGAAUGCGGCGGCGCACGGGGUGGCGGCGCUGCUAAUGUACACCGAGGGGGAGUAUAGGGAAGGGGUUGAGAGGGGCACCGUCAUGAAGGGCGUGGGGGACCCGCUCACCCCCGGCUGGGCCGGCGGCGAGAAGCUCGACCCCGAUGAUCCGCGGGUGGCGCGGAGAUUCCCCACCGUGCCGUCGCUGCCGGUGUCUCAGGCGGCGGCGGAGAGGAUUUUGGGGUCGCUGGAGGGGGGCAGAAUGCCCUUUGAGUGGAGAGAGAGUUUUAAGACUGGAGAUAGAAGAAUUUCAGGUGUGGGCCCCGGCCCGACCAAGCUCAAUUUUACAUACAAGGGCAAGCAAGAGAUGGCAACUAUCCACAACGUAUUUGCAGUGAUAAAGGGAUCGGAGGAAGCUGAUCGAUACGUGCUCCUAGGCAACCAUCGAGAUGCAUGGACUUACGGUGCUGUUGACCCUAACAGCGGCACUGCUGCUCUACUUGACAUUGCUCGUCGUUUUGCUCUUCUCAUGCAAUCAGGUUGGAGUCCUAGACGAUCGAUCAUUCUUUGCAGCUGGGACGCUGAAGAAUUUGGGAUGAUUGGAUCUACUGAGUGGGUAGAGCAAAACCUUUUGAAUCUUGGCUCGAAAGCAGUGGCCUAUUUUAAUGUGGACUGUGCGGUGCAAGGACCUGGUUUGUUCAUUAGUGCUACUCCUCAGCUCGAUGAUCUUCUCGUUGAGGUCACGAAGCAGGUUAAAGAUCCCGAUUCAGAGAAUGCUUAUCUAUAUGAACGCUGGGCAGCUGCCAACAGAGGUGUUAAUCAGAUUCAGAGACUGAGCAGAGUCGAUUCAGAUUUUGCUCCAUUUUUGCAGCACGCGGGGAUUGCUUCUGUUGAUUUAUAUUUUGGAAUAGAUUUUCCAGUUUAUCACACAGCAUUCGACUCGUAUGAUUGGAUGAUGAAUUUCGGAGACCCCUUAUUUCAUCGACACGUUGCAGCAACAGGAAUAUGGGGGCUCAUUGCGCUUCGACUGGCUGAUGAUCCCAUCCUGCCUUUCAACUACCUUUCUUAUGCUACUGAAUUGCAGGAGUACAAAAAUACCCUCAACACUUUGUUGGGAGAAUCCAUCUCUCUGGAUCCUAUCACUGCUGCCAUCCAAGAAUUCACGAAGGCUGCAUACGAAGCCGAUGAAGAAAUCAAGAAUUUGAGGGUGGACAAAAACACGGAUAGGUCUACAGUUCUGAGGAGGCGCGCGUUAAAUGAUCGUCUGAUGCUUACUGAAAGAGGCUUUUUAGAUCCGGAGGGACUCCCCGGAAGGCAAUGGUUCAAGCACCUCAUUUAUGGGCCUCGUGGGGAUGCGGAUAGCAAAAUCGACUUCUUUCCUGGAAUAGUGGAUGGCGUAUCUGAACGACGGAAGGGGGGAGACGGGGAGGCAACAAUUAGGCACGAGAUCUGGAGAGCUUCAAGGGCCAUCCAGAGAGCAGCCUCUGCUUUGAGAGGUGAACUCACAUGAAAAUGCUGAGAACUUAGAUAUGUAAAAAAAACAGUGUAUCUCCUUUACUUGUGUUUUAUGAUAAAAGGAAAAGGAGUUGAAA